AUGGCAGCUAAUCCGAACUCCAAGACUGCCGACGGCAAGUUCGCCGAUCUGAAGAAAGAUACCGUCGAGCUUAACGGCAAGCAAAACAUGACUACCGACUAUGGCAUCAAGAUCUCAGACCCGGACCAUUGGCUUCGCGUAGCUGAUGAACAGAAGACCGGUCCUUCGCUUCUGGAGGACCAGAUCGCCCGUGAGAAGAUCAUGCGCUUCGACCACGAACGCAUCCCAGAGCGUGUCGUGCACGCCCGCGGGACAGGCGCAUUCGGCACAUUCAAGCUACACGAGAGCGCAGAGGACGUCACAAGUGCUGGUAUCCUGACAGACACUAGCCGGACGACGCCGCUGUUCCUGCGUUUCUCGACUGUGCAGGGUAGCAAGGGUAGUGCAGACACUGUCCGUGAUGUGCGCGGGUUCGCCAUUAAGAUGUAUACUUCCGAGGGAAACUGGGAUAUUGUUGGCAACAACAUCCCCGUGUUCUUCAUUCAGGAUGCGAUCAAGUUCCCUGAUGUGAUUCACGCUGUCAAGCCCGAGCCGCACAACGAGAUACCACAGGGUCAGAGUGCUCAUAAUAAUUUCUGGGAUUUCCAAUAUAUGCAUUCUGAGGUGACGCAUAUGAAUCAAUGGAUUAUGUCGGACCGAGCUAUUCCUCGCUCGUAUCGCAUGAUGCAGGGCUUUGGUGUGAACACCUACUCUUUGAUUAACAAGGAAGGCAAGCGCCAUCUUGUCAAGUUCCAUUUCACCCCGGAGCUCGGUGUUCAUUCUCUUGUCUGGGAUGAAGCACUUAAGAUCGGUGGCCAAGAUCCAGACUUCCACCGCAAGGAUUUGAUGGACGCCAUUGAUGCAGGCCAGUUCCCUCGCUGGAAGUUUGGUAUUCAAGUCAUCCCCGAGGAGAAAGCCGACGAUUUUGAAUUCGAUCCUCUCGAUGCUACCAAGAUCUGGCCCGAGGAAUUGGUUCCUAUUCGAUACAUUGGAGAGAUGGAAUUGAACCGCAAUAUCGACGAGUUUUUCCCUCAGACAGAGCAGGUUGCAUUUUGUACCAGCCACAUCGUACCUGGUAUUGAUUUCUCCAACGACCCCCUCCUUCAGGGCCGCAAUUUCUCGUACUUUGAUACGCAGAUUUCACGUCUGGGUCCCAACUGGCAAGAAUUGCCUAUCAACCGUCCAGUCUGUCCGUACAUGAACUUGGUGAACCGUGACGGUGCUAUGAAGCAUCGCAUCACCAAGGGCACGGUAAACUACUGGCCCAAUCGCUUUGAGACUAACCCUCCCGCUACGGCAGAGCAAGGUGGUUUCACCAGCUACCCGGAGAAGCAACAGGGUAUCAAACAGCGCGCUCUGUCAGACAAGUUCAAGGAGCAUUACAACCAAGCUCAACUGUUCUACAAUUCACUGUCGGAAAUUGAAAAGAUGCACGUGGCCAAGGCCUUCUCGUUUGAGUUGGACCACUGCGACGACCCUGUUGUCUACAAGCGCAUGACUGAGCGCCUUGCGGCAAUCAGCCUGGAGCUCGCUCAGACUGUCGCCACCAAUGUUGGUGGUGAUACCCCGACCAAGGCUUUGAGAGAAAACAAGGGUCUCAAGUCUAAGGGAUUAAGCCAGCUGGAAUACAUGCCGGAGAAACCCACCAUUGCGACGCGUCGUAUUGCUAUCCUCCUCGCCGACGGCUUCGAUUUCAACCAGUAUACCACCAUGAAAGAAGCCCUUCAAGCCCAGAAUGCAUUUGUUUUCACCAUUGGUGCUCAGCGCCAGGGAGUUACCUCAGGGUCUGGGCAGAAGGUGGUACCCGAUCAUUUCUUCACAGGAAUGCGGUCUACCCUCUUCGACGCGGUGUUCGUUCCUGGCGGAAAGCAUAUCGAGGCGCUAUCAAAGAACGGUGUCGCCAAGCACUGGAUCUCCGAAUCCUUUGCCCAUCUCAAGGCGAUCGCUGGUGCCAAUGACGCUGUGCCAUUUAUCCAGCGCCAGAUUAACCUCCCAGAGGUCGAGGUUGCUCAGAGUGGCACCUCGCUCAAGGAGUCAUAUGGUGUUGUGACGGGUCACGGAGAUGCGGCUUCCUUGCUGAAGGUUGGCAAGAUCGCACCCGAUGCCAAGGGUCUUGCUGAGCAGUUCAUCUGGCAUAUCUCCAGACACAGGAACUGGGCGCGUGAGCUGGAUGGACUUUCGGAUCAGAUUGCUGCCUAG